AUGGCGAGCCCCGUCCCCAAUACCACUGGCGACCCGUUGCCGCCGCCGACUGACGACAACACUUGCGUCCAGGCGGACUUCAAGACAGUCUCGCCGGCCGCCCCCAGAACUGCCGAUCUACCAGUCUCGACCAAAGACAUGAACCCUACUCCCCCGCUUGCCCCCGAGGUUGAGAAAGCUCUCGCUUUCUUGCUCGAGGCCAGCAUCGCUCCUUGUCACCCAACCGAGUCCAAGGUCGAGAACGCACACAUUCUGCUGUCUCCUAGCCACUCUCUACAGCUAGAAAAGGUGCUCUCGAGCCCCCAAAAGCUGGGCCCUUCUUACGAACAUGUCCGCUACUCGUAUGAUUCCAACACUGGUAUUCUCUCGAUCAACGAAGUGCCAAGCCAUUUGCAUGAACUUGUUCGCGACAAGAUUCGCGACCUGAUCAACGAAAAGCUCAAGCUUAUUCGCAAGCGCGACGACGUCAGAGGCGCAUACAUGCGCCAGAUCCGAACGUGCAACAGCAACCCUAUUACGAUCAUGAAGGCAGGAAACGAGGACAGCGACUCGGCUUCUGAGGGUGACAGACUAAUCGACCUGAAGCAACACCCCGAUGCCCAGUUUCGGCACCUCAAGGGCAGAUGCCCCGGAGUGGUCAUCGAAGUAUCUAUCAGCCAAAAGUGGGAGGACGUUAGGGUCAAGGCCUACAAGCUUCUCGUCAAGUCUCAGGGCCAUGUUGGCACCGUCAUCAAUGUUGACUAUCCGGACCAUCUCAACUCUCGCGAAGCAACUCUGUCGGUCUGGCGCCGGACAUGGGAGAAUGGCAUGAUGAGCCCUCGUGAAGACCUCAUCCGCGAGGUACAGUCCUGUCCCUUCAUUCGCUCGCUCGCAACUGCUGACUAUGAACCUGCUAUGCAGCAAAUCUGCCGCCCGGACGGUACACCCGUCACCACCGACAAGGCCCUCUGCAUCUCGCUACACGAUUUCGCUUCGCCAGAGCUCCACGGCAAGACUGAGGACCUCGUUCUGUCGUUCCCGUACCGCGACCUUGGCACCGCUGUCGCCAGGGCCCGUCGCGUGGCCGAUGAGUGGACAAAGGUGGACAACGUGGAUCCGAAGCCGGUUCCGGUAGACAUGACGGCCAUCCCCGCUGAGGUGGCAGCCGCUUUUGCUUUGGACCCUGAGAUGGAUUAG